AUGGUUAUGAAGUUCGCAACUAUAGUGUGUGAGAUGAGAGUGAUACCUCAUGGAAAUGAUUGCGAGAUCACUCGGGCGACUGAGCACACUUCGAGUCGAAGUCACAAUCAGUGCAUUGCUCUACCUGCGUCGAAUUCUCCGACGCAGACUUGUCAAGAGAAGGAAUCGGCAGCUGUAGCAGCUCUAGAGAAGAACGCGACGGAGCGUUGUGAUGAGGUUUGCAGUUUGGAACGCCUCUCCAGUAGGCUACUGCUCAGCAAUAGCUAUUGCUUUUGCUUCUUGGAUGCACAUCACGAUGGUCUUUGGUCGGCCCGCAGUGUCCGUGAGACUGCGAAGGAGCCUAGUAGGGGAGAGGAUGGGGACGUGAGUGAUGAUGUUUCUAUUGCAAAAGAAGCUUCCACCGAUGAGAAGGUCGCACAUCUUUGUGAGAUAUGUAUGCAUGGAUUCGCGACCGUAGUUUUUGUACCCUGUGGUCACGGUGGACUCUGCGAGGGAUGUGCUAAGGACUUGGUAAUAACGACCACUCGAUGCUAUAUGUGUCGGGAAGGUAUCGAAAUGCUGGGUCUCAUUCGAAGGGCGGGUGGUGAUGAGGUGCUGCAUCCUAUUCCUCCGAGUCAGUUGCAUCGUUCUGAGGGUCGCUCCGAUGGAAGUGGCACAUCUUCUCGCGGCUCCACUGAUCGUGGUCUGAUUGAGGAGGCGUUGCCACGGAUGGAGGAUGCUGAGAGUCCUGUGAGCAUGUCCGCGCCCUCGGUCGCGAUUGCCAAUGGGAUCGCCACGUUUUCGAUGAGCUUAGCGAUUGAGCCUAUCACUGUUUAAAUUGACGGUGUCAAUCACCGUAGUACCUCAAAUAACUGGGACCAUUUCGCAUAAGUCCCUGGUAAAAUUCAGUAUGCUUUUCGCGGUUGCCGUUGCUGCUGCAUACUUGUUGUGUCAUUAGCGAAUUAUUCUCUCCGCUUAUUCGAUUUAGAGUUGCACGGGCGCCUUUGGCCCUGCGCUCACUUUACUUGUACUAUCUUUGCUUUGUGGUCCAUCAGGGAGCCAGAAGGCUUUUCACAUUAUAAAUAUCCGAUUUCUACAGUCAUUCACUAGAUAACCAUGUCUGGACUGACGUUUUGCUGGCUUGCGACCAGCAAUGGUGCGAGCUACACACCAAAGCAUCCCUGGAAUGUGUUCUACUAUCAGCAUUAGAGCCCUAUCGUACUGGAGAAUUUCUGUAUAGUACUUUUUCUACUUUCCUUCUCUGCACAUUGUGCAGGGGCCAAAGAGGAGAACUGAAAGCCAUAAGGCGCUUUCCUCCUA